AUUAAAACAUGGAGAAGUAAGAGGAUUUCAAUGCAAAAUUGGUCAUUGGUCAGUGGCAAAGACUGAUGCCAUGCCUAACAUUUAUGUAACUGCAGAUGGUAUGGUCAGUAAGGUUCUUCAGAGUACUGCCGGGGAAAAAUUGGACUGGGUUAAAGAUUUUAAAAGAGUUGAACAAUGGAAACGAUAUAAAACAGAUGAUUUAACUGACAGAUUCGACCCAUUCACGCCAAAUAACCGUUUUUCAAUCAAUGCUUAUGUGAAAGAUUUUGGUAAAGUACCAGAAACAAUUAUUCCAUCACCGCUUAAGUAUACAGCUUCAAAAGACAAAAGUAUUCCAUUACCUGAUGCAGACUGGGUUAUUGUACCUGAUUACAAAUAUACCAAAGAGGCUGAAUUUUUAGCAGAAAAGUUGCAUGAUUUGGGUUUGCACAGGUUAGAUAUAAAGCAGACCGAGCCUUCAAAAAGAUUCAUCAGUCUUGCAAUUGGUGACCCGGAAGUUGAACAAAGUGACGAAUCAAUCAACAUAUCUGUAGAAGCCUAUUCUCUGAAUAUAGAACCAGGAAGUCAAAGUAUACAAAUUAGAUCAUUGGGUAAUGCUGGUAUGUUUUAUGGAGUCCAAAGUUUAUUAGGAAUUAUCAAAAGGUCUGCAGGUGGUGUUAUAUAUAAAACCAUAGUGAAAGACGCACCAAGAUUCGAGUACCGUGGAAUGCAUAUAGAUGUGGGAAGGAAUUUCCACAGCAAUACGUCUAUAAUGAAGAUCUUAGACGCUAUGGCUAUGGUUAAAUUAAAUAAAUUACAUUUUCAUCUAACCGACGACGAAGGCUGGCGUUUGGAAAUCCCAGGUUUAGAAGAACUUACGAAGAUAGGUUCGAAGCGUUGUGAUGAUCUGUCUGAGCAAACCUGCAUUAUACCACAACUGGGCUCGGGGCCAGAUCCAUCGACUUCAGGUUCAGGAUAUUACACUGUCGAAGACUACAAAGAAAUUUUGCAGUAUGCUGCAGAUCGCCAUAUAGAGAUCAUACCAGAAGUAGACAUGCCAGGGCAUGCCCAUUCAGCUAUCAAAUCCAUGGUUGCUCGAUCCAAGAAGUUGAAAGAUAUUGGAGACAUGGUCAAUUCUAAUAAAUACUCUUUGAAUGAUCCAGAAGACACAUCUGAUUAUACAUCUAUCCAACUCUUCAACGAUAACUCGAUUAACCCGUGUAUUGAGUCAACUUAUACGUUCGUUCAGCACGUAGUCCAGCAGUUAAAAUUACUCCACAAAGCCAUCAACCCCCUAAAAACCUUUCAUUUUGGGGGGGACGAAGUUGCCGAGGGAUCGUGGUUAAAUUCAACAGCCUGUAAGAAACACGAAGAAUCAAAAUCUGUAGAUGCUCUUAAGGAAUUAUUUACAAGGAGAAUAUCAAACUUGACCAAUGCUGAAGGGUUAGACCUCGCUGGUUGGGAAGAUGGUUUGAAGAAAUCUGGAAAUACUCCUUUUGAUUUGAACAAACUUGUCAAUAGAAAAGUUUAUGGAUAUGCUUGGUCUAAUGUUUGGGAGUGGGGAGCUGCCCCUAGAGCCCAUAUAUUGGCUAAUAAAGGAUACAAGGUGGUAAUGGCCCCAGCAACUCAUUAUUAUUUUGACCAUCCAUAUGAACCUGACCCAUUAGAACGGGGUCACUACUGGGCUGCCAGAUAUACAGACACCAAGAAGGUUUUCGGAUUUAUGCCGAAUAAUUUGUAUGCAAAUGCUGAACUUCAAGUGUCUGGGGAACCAAUCUCAAAGUCCGAAUUCUGUGGUGACGAUGGAAAGAAAUGUCCCGAUUUAGAGAAACCUGAAAAUUUAAUAGGAAUCCAAGGUAACCUUUGGAGUGAGACUGUGCGUCAACCAGAUCAGUUAGAUUACAUGAUAUUCCCUAGGUUGUUAGCACUAGCAGAGAGAGCAUGGCAUAAAGCAGAAUGGGAAAACAUUGAUGAUAAGCAAAGAAGAAACAAGGCAAGAGAUGCUGAUUGGGAGAGAUUUGCAAAUAAUCUUGGCUAUGCUGAACUAAAAUCGUUAGAUAAAAUGAACAUCUCGUACAGAGUUCCACCACCUGGUAUCAAGAAAGAUGGCCAGACUAUGUAUGCCAACUGUGAAAUUCCUGGACUAAAAAUUAUGAUGUCGAAAGACGGUAAGGAUUGGAAACCGGUAUCAAGAGAAGGCAUCCGAGUAGAAGGAAAUUUAAAGUUUGUUACAUUAUCUGCAGAUGAAAAAAGAAGAUCUCGUGAAAUUUUGGUUGAAUCCACCAUCCAACCAACCUCAGGGAGCAUGCCGUACCAGAUUACAUCAAUAGCAAUUAUAUUAACUUGUAUUAUAACAACUGUAGGGAUAUUUGACACCUAACCUAUAUUGCUAACAUGCAUAUGCCGCAAUUUUCUGUAUAGUUUAGUAUUAAUUGGCCUAAUAUAUUUGAGCUAUUGAUAUGAAACUCCUCAUAAUAAACUGAUAGUAAACUGAUUAGCAAAACAAUUAAACUUUAUCGUCUGAAAAAUCUCAAUUUCAGAUAUAAUUUUCAUAAUGGUUCAAAUCUCUCAAUCAUCACGCUUUUGCAUCAUGAUUUUUGGGGUUUUUUUUAUUUUUUUAAUUUGCUAAUAAAAUAGAGCAAAAUUUGGAAU